AGUGAAGUGAACACAUAUUGAUAUAUGCGGGCAUUUUACAUCUUUAAAAGUACAGAAGAACUAUCGAAAACUGAAAUAAGGACUCUGGAACCACUCCCCCCCUCUCCUUUUAUGGGAUAUUGAAGUUAAAGCGUCUGUAUCCCAACUACUCCUCAGUAUGACUGAGCCUGCUGAGCUGCUGCUCAUCAAGGACCAGUAUGAGUUGGCGUUUCAUUCUCUGAGCCGUGGGCUGGCUGCUGAAGAGGCCGGGAAAAGAGUAGACACCCUGGAGUAUUACCGGAAAGGUCGACAACACCUUACCCAAGGACUGGGAGUUCCCACUGGGGGAGCGAGGCAGCGGGGAGCAGUCUGGGACACGGCCAGGCAGCUUCAGCAGAAGAUGAGGGACACUCUGAGUACUGUCAACACCCACCUCUCUGAUAUGGAGAGAUCUCCGCUGACAACAGGAAGCCAGAGGGGUGGCCUGUUGAUGCGGCUUCCUCUCAAUCUUUAUCCAGACCUGGCACCAAGCAGCCAGCCUCCCCAAAGCUCCCUGCACCACCUGUACCCAACCAUACCUGCUACCACCCAGAACACAACCCCAACGCCAAAACUCCCUCCGAGGUCUCCUUCCCCGGCUGUUCUUCACACACAUACGCUGCUUGCAGCGGCUUCAGGUACUAUUGCCAUGGCUAACCCAGGGGACCAGCCUCCAGCAUACACCCCCCAGCCAACUGUCGGCCACCGCAGUCUGUUUUACGGUUCUGCUGGAGGCGGCCCGGGGUUUGGAAAGCAGACUGGGGCAACAGCAGGAAAAGAUGGAACCGAGAUGCUUUUCAUCCCCUCUGGGGUACAGAUGUUUUUCGUGGCACCAAAUGGGCAGGUGAGUGCCCUGUCUUAUCCAGGCUUCCUUCGUAUCAUCACAUUUGACAAUCAGCACAAGGACUCCACAGCUGGAAGACCUUCAUCAUUUCUACAUGUGUGUGACUGUCUGUACCCGCUGACAACAGACACUCCAGUGCUAUUGGCUACCUCUGGGAUCUUCAUGUUUCCUGAUGUCUUGUCAGAGACGCCAGGGUCCUACGUGGGCAUAGUGUUGUCCUCCGAACUGCCUGCUGUCUACCGAGAGACGUUUCAGGACCUCAUCUCGCAGCUCGCUGAACUCCGGGUCCAGGGUCCAGAGGGGGCAGGGGCAGAGAUCAUCAACCUGAGUGAGAAGAUCCCCCUUGGUCCCACGAAAGAGCUUGGAGGACUGACAGUGCCAACAGGAGAUAAGGACAGAGCACCGCUUCCUGGAUGGAGUGAGAAGAUGGCUCAAGGAAUCUUGACAGGGGCUACACGGUUGAGUGUAGGAUUAGUAAAAGGAGCAGAGGCCACUGGUAGGGCCAUUCAUAAAGGAGCAGCCAAGAUCCGGGACCACAUCACGCCUGAGGAAACCCCCUCAGAGGUCAGCCCCCGUGUCACCAAAAGUCUGCAGGUGGCUAAACAGGCCACCGGGGGUGCUGUGAGAGUCAGCCAGUUCUUGGUAAAUGGAGUGAGUACGGUGGCAGGACACAUGGCAGACAAGAUGGCUCCCCAUGUGAAGAAACAGGGCGCUAAGCUGGUCCCAGAGUCUAUGAAGAAGAACAAAGAUGGCAGUCCUUCCAACUGGGAUGGAGCCAAGCUUGUGGCAGUCAGCAGUGUACAGGGUUUCUCUACUGUUUGGUCUAGUCUGGAGACCGGAGCAAAGCUGGUUGGCAAAAGUGUUUCGGCAGAGACUGUCACAACCGUGACGUACAAAUUUAAGGCCUUAGAAAAUCUAAUAAAAACAACAAAAACAAAAGUAUGACUGCCAUGGGGAGUGAAGGCAAAGACUUGUGAACUAACAACUGAUCAACUCUUUCAUGUAAAUCAUUUCAUUAACCCAGAUCAAGUCAGAAAAUAACCCUCAAUAAGACUUAUUCCAAAUCGAACGCAACAGCUAACAGAAUUGUCUUUUUAUUUCACCAAACUAACUCUCUUUGAUUACUUUAUAUCGAGACAUAUAAAGUGUGUGUUUCGGGUUCUUUUUUGACUUGAUGUAGUUUAAGCUUCUGUUAUGUUUGUGUCUGCUUGUGUUGGCUGGUGCUGCUUUGGCUCUUCAUACUAUCUGUAUCCCUUUUCCUGGUUGGUUACUAAUAAAAACGCUAAAACGUGAAACAUGACUGUUUUUCUUGACCUUUGGUGUGUUAAUGUUAAUGAAAACAGUAGCAAUAUGACAUAUCACAUUGCUCCAGUAUUUAAAUUCUGUACACACCCUCAUUUCUUACACCAAACCACUCUUCCCUAACUCCACCACAUUAUUCGUGGUCAAGGUAUGGUAACGAUGCAGGCGAAGCUACAGACACUGCUCUCAA